ACAUGCCAGUUUUGCGGAGAUGGUGGUGCCUGCUGUUGUUGGAAAACAACUCUUUAAACGGGUAGAGAAGAAACAUCUGAAGAAUUUUUUUCUUUUUCAUUUGUGCAUUAAUAUGUUUUCUUUUUACAGUGUAGGUAAACCUUUAGAAUCACUUUUGUUGAUGGUGAAGUGAUUUCAUACAUGAAUUUAUAUAGAUAAAAUGUAAAAUAAUUGUGCCAGAUCUUGGGAUAAUUGUUUCUCUUAAUUAUUCAAUCCCAUUUUUAUUCAAUCUCAUUAUAGUUAUGGACAAAACACUGGACAACAGCGUGCCAGGACCUCCUUCAUGGGAAGUUAUCAGGCUGAAGAGGAAGCGUGUUCAAAACCCUGAGACAGAACGUGUGUGCAUGGCUGACCCGCUGAAGUUCUGUAUUUUUCAAACUUCAAAAACACAGGACAAAGACUCCUCUACCCAGAUGUCGAACCUCUUCAGUGGUUGCAGUGCCAAACCUGCAGCGGAUGGCUUCACCAGGACUGCGCUGGAGACUGGAGACUACAGCAAAGUCUUCUGCUGUGGAUGCACAGAUUUGCCUGACAGCACUGGGUUUGGGAAGUCUGUGGAAGAGGAAGACAUUCUGUCGCUCUUUCCUGCUGAUAUGAUCAAGGCACUGCAUGAGGACCUGACCACAGGGAAACUGCGCUCCAACAGGAUGUACCUGUGGCAGAACCCAAUGUCCUCAUUAACCUUGAAACAAGAUUUGAAGCUGAGGACCCUAAACUUGAGUGACCAGCAGAUUUUUCAGCUACUGAGGACCAUUGAGGAGGCCACAGGAGUCGGGUCCUUAAUCCGAAAAGGGGAGAUCCAGCUCCUGGAUUAUGUUUUCGAUGUUAUGCUCCCAGAAAUCCUGAUUAACAAGGGAAAGACCAGGCUGCAGGCGGAGAUUCUGCUGGCCAAAGGAGGGAUUUUUAAAAUUAUGUUGCACUUAUUUUGUUGUUCUGUUUUUAAGAGUUAAGUGUUCAAUUUUACUUUUUAUAAAUGUUGAGAUGUUGUUGUUUGGUUCAGUUUACAUUCAUUUUUAAUUUACUUACAAAUAAAGUUUAUUUAAAACUUGU